AUAAGAACUUCUUCCAGAUUUCUCCUGGGUCCUUUCUCUCUCUAGCUUCUUUCUCUCUUUAUUCUCUCAGCUCUAAUAAGCAUCAAUGGAGCCAACAACUGUAGAGCCUUUCCCUUCUGAGACUCAAACCAGGCUUCAUCCCAGUUUCGUACUCGACGAGGAGGAGCGUCCCAAGGUGGCAUACAACCACUUCAGCGACGCCAUUCCCGCGAUAUCUCUCGCCGGUAUCGAUGAAGCCGAUGGCCGUAGGUUGGACAUUUGCCAGAAAAUUGUGGAGGCGUGUGAGGAGUGGGGGAUCUUCCAAGUGGUUGAUCAUGGCGUUGAUUCUCAUCUCAUUUCAGAGAUGUUUCGUCUCUCUGGAGAGUUCUUCGCUCUUCCUCCACAUGAGAAACUUCGAUUUGACAUGUCAGGCGGCAAAAAAGGCGGCUUUCUUGUCUCUAGCCACCUUCGAGGAGAAGCGGUGCUCAAUUGGCGGGAGUUUUUAACUAACUUGUCAUACCCACUUCGGGAGAGGGACUACUCAAUGUGGCCGGAAAAGCCGGAGGGAUUGACGGCAGUGAUGAAGGAGUACAGCGAGAAGCUCAUGGGUUUGGCAUGCAAGUUGCUAGAGGUGAUGUCUGAGGCUAUGGGUUUGGAGAAGGAGGCCUUGUUUAAGGCCUGUGUGGACAUAGACCAGAAGGUGUUGGUCAAUUUCUACCCCAAAUGUCCACAACCGGACCUCACUCUCGGACUCAGGCGCCAUACGGAUCCCGGUACCAUCACGCUGCUGCUUCAGGAUCAGGUGGGUGGGCUUCAGGCUACAAGGGAUGGUGGAAAGACUUGGAUCACCGUUCAGCCUGUUGAAGGAGCUUUUGUUGCCAACCUUGGAGAUCAUGGCCAUUUCAUGAGCAAUGGAAGAUUCAAGCGCGCGGAACACCAAGUGGUGGUAAACUCCAGCUGUGAUCGAUUUUCUAUUGCAACAUUCCAAAAUCCGGCACCAGAAGCAAUAGUUUAUCCUCUGAAGAUAGAAGAAGGAGAGAAGGCAGUGUUGGAGGAGGCCAUAACCUUCCAAGAGAUGUACGUGAGGAAGAUGAACUGGGACGUCAACCGUCCCUGGCUAAAGAAGCCGGUCAAGGAUCACCACUCUUCUGAUUUUGAUCAUCAAUCCAAACUGGCCCCCAAGCCUGCUGAGAAUAUUUUCGUUUAAACUCGACUGCGUUCUUCAUGUCCCGCUUGCGUUUGCGUGUUUGAACGUGCGUGUGUGUUUUUUGGCCUUUCCCUUUUUGUUGUUCUCCUGCCAAAGUUCUGUGUAGUGUGUACUCA